AUGAUCAUCGGAUCCGAGAACGUGGGUGAGACUGAAAAAGCCAACGACUGUCGCAAUGAUACGAGUGGGUUUCGGUUGAUCGCAAAGCUGCCAAACAGGAACCGCUUGAUUCCGGGUGUCCCACCUCUUGUGACGGCGGCUCCAAGCCACACUUAUACACAGAACCGGUUUUUCAGCGACAGUGUGUCCCUCAAAGCUCUUGAUAGCCAGGCCUCGCAGGAAGCAUCGAGUAGAGUAUCGGCGAAGCCGAAUGGUGUGGGACACCGCGCGCACCGCAGCAGACCACGCUCGAAGCUGCCCCAAGACAGCUCGGCCGCGGCACUGUAUACUAGCCAGACAAGCAAGCCAAUUGUCCUUCUCACCUGCCAACAUGCCAUCCGAACCUACCACCUUGUCCGGCUUCCCCGCCAAACUCACGGUCACGGUCACCCUCAACGCCAAACAUCCUCCUCCUGCUGCACAGCAUUGGCAACACAGCCGCCGGCUUUUCCGCCUUCGCCCCGGUCAUGGACCUGCCCGAAACCACCGUUUCCCGUCCCGCUCCCCUUCGACCUGGGCAGCUUCGACGAGGGUGACAACGUCGCCUUCAACAGCACCACCGGCACGCUCGACAUGAAUGCCGGCCUGACGCGCAGCACCGUCUCGCCAACCUCAUGCGCGGAGAAUGCCGGUUACUGGUUGGGGCGGGAUUCGAGUAUCGGGGCGGUACGGCGGACGAAGGAGGUGAUUGAGUUUGUAGAGGCCAGUCGGUAUGCGUGUCGUGGGGAUUGGGAUGCCGUCGAGUCGGGGCGAUUCUGCCGGUGGUACACAUCUGGCUCGAUGGCUGCGCAGUCGGCAGGGAGUGCCGGAAGGGAGUGGUGA